AAAUGCCUUUGUGGUCAGAUGAAACAAUGUGAGCGCUUCAGGCUCUAGAGGUCUCCAUCCAGCAUGCAGCAACAUCCACCUAUCGGAAUUCUUCCCCUCACUGUCUAGUGCAGCGGACAGCGGUAUAGGAAGGAGAGGAGAACGCUCAGCCACGGAGACAGAGGGAACCUGAGACACGCACGCGUCCCGAACGACACAGAAAGAAAGGGAACUUUGAUUUGACGCGUGGCCGAUAAUGAUCAAAUUGACGACACGAAAGAGCUGCAUUCCUUAGUGAAGGGAAUAAUUGACAUUUCGAGUAUUCCAAUAUAUAAUGUCCUUGGAUCCCUGCUCAUUGUAGAUUAUAUUUAAUUGCUCUCUCCUAUUUCUGAAAUCUGUAUUUAUUGUGAUUGUACACUUCGUUCACCCGCAUGAAUUUUAAGGCAGUCUGAACGCAUUGUUUCCAGUUUCGUCGCAUGGGAUUUCCAGUCGUGUCGGGUGCGGUGAUGUCUGCAACAUUUCGCUCUUUGUUUCUGGUGCUGCUGAGCCUGCUGACGGCCGGCGCCCAGACAGAAAUGAAGAGAGUUGUCGGAGACAACACCACCCUGCCGUGCCACCAUCAGUUCUGGCAAUCCAAUGUGCAGUUGCUUGACAUUGAGUGGCUACUGCAGAAGCCCAACUCCAAGCAGAGAGUGAUCAUCACGUUUUUCGGGGGCCAGGUUUACACCAACGAGGUGACCAGCGGGACCAGUCGUCUGUCUUUCGCUGGGGACUACCUGAAAGGAGACGCCUCCCUGCUCCUCAGUGACUUACAGCUGACCGACUCUGGGGAGUACUACUGCAAGGUCAAGAUGGGGGGAAAGUACCACUGGAGCCAGGUCAACCUCAUAGUGCUGGUGAAGCCCUCUAAGCCACGAUGCUGGAUGGACGGCAGGCUGCUGGAGGGCAGUGAUGUUAAACUGAGCUGCAAAUCCAGUGACGGCUCAGACCCUAUCAAAUACAAUUGGGAGAGGGUGCUGGAUAAGGGAAAGAGUGUUGGGAACCUCCCCCUACUGGCACUGAGAGAUCUGAAGAAUCCAGAGAUCGUUACCCUGCGGAACCUGACGAAGGACAGUACAGGUGUCUACAAGUGCACUGCCAGCAAUGACGUUGGCGAGGAGAACUGCAUCAUCGAGGUCACCAUGCAGUAUGUUCGAGGGAUGGGCGUGCUGGCAGGUGCCGUGGUGGGCGUCUCCUUUGGUGUUCUCCUCAUCAUCCUAAUCAUCUGGCUCGUCUUCCGCAAGAAGGAGAAGAAGAGGUAUGAGGAGGAGGAGACUCCCAAUGAGAUCAGGGAGGAUGCAGAGGCUCCCAAGGCCAAGCUGGUGAAGCCCAACUCUCUGUCCUCGUCCCGCUCUGGCAGCUCCCGCUCCGGGGCCUCCUCAACACAGUCCAUGGUGCACAACACUGCCCCCCACGGGCACCGCCCUCGGCCCCCAGCGAUAGCUGCCCUCAAGGAGAAUGGACAGCCACCUGACUUCCCCCAGUCCCCCCCAGCAUACACAACGGUGGUACCCCCCAUCAAGACCCCUGAGCCCCCUGGCACCCCCAAAUUCAACAUCAACUCCAGGAAACAUAUCUCUGGGCCCACUCCCCCCACUCUCAUGGUCCCUGCCCAGACCAAGGCCUUUCAAACUGUGUAGGAUGGAGAAGAAAGUCCAUCCUGGCUAUGUUGAUGUGUAAAACCCACCCCUUCAAAGACACAAACUCUUCCGUUAAACAACGAAAUGCAAGUAGUAAAAGGAUGUAAUUAAGAUAAUCAAUAAUAUAAACCCCAAAACUUUUAAUGAAUGCAUACUUUAAAAGGGAAAAUAAGAAAUGCUUGCCCCCUACUGAAUAAAAAACAACAAAAACAAAAAAACUGAGACAGAACACAUUUUUGUUUGUCUCGUGGCUAAAUAACUUAUUUUUACACUUUUCUUUCUACUUUGAAGUCAUGGGAAGCAAUGAGCGGGCACAGCGCUGUGUGCGGUGAGGUGUAAGAAAAACCCAGAGUGGAGAUUUUAUGUAUCAAAUCAAAAGGACAGGAAGAGUGCAGAGAAAAAGGAAGAAAGAAGGAAUUGGUUGAGAAAAGAGAUCCAAAGUCUGCACCAGGUGCCGGUGGAGACACGCAGCUGACGACAUGACGGAGGGAUGAGGGCAUGAAAUGCUGAGAGAGAACCACGCCUCUUUAUUUUGGCCUAGUGGUGUCUCUGACUCAUCCAACCACACCACUCCCAACAGGCAGACACACCGGAGCAUCCAGCCCCCACUACAACCACACACCCCUGGCUUUCUGACAGAGAGCAUGCUGUGUGCCCUGUGAGGAGAGAAACCGCUAGAUCAACCCUCCAGAACACAGGCAGCCGAUGGCACCUUAUUUGGAGAGGACGGGCUCAUAGUAAUGGCUGGAAUGAAAUACAUGGAAUGGUAUCGAACACGUCAAACACAUGGUUUCAUUGUGUGAUGCUAUUAAAUGCACUCCAUUCCAGCCAUUAUUAUGAGCCGUCCUCCCCUCAGCAGCCUCCUGUGCUCCAGACUCUGUGAUGCUUUACGGGCUCCAUGACGACAUCUGAGACACAUCAUGUUCCAUGGUCCUGACCCCAUUCAGAGAACAGCUAAUUUGCUUUUCUCAAUAGGAGAAACUUUAGCCACAUUCAUAGGAUGUAGCACUGACAUGGUAGUCAGAGUUCUGAUGAAACUUUUAUUUUUCUCACCCCAUCCUCUCUCAGCUCUGUGGAUUGGUAAUUCCAGUCCUCGGGGUCUAGAGUGCUGUCACACUGUUCCCCAAUCCCUAGCAAACACAGCUGAUUAAACCAAUUUAAUUCUAAACUGAACAUCAUGAUUAGUUGAUAAUUGGAGUCAGGUGUGUUAGCUGGGGCUGGGGCAAAAGUGUGACACCAAUCAGGCCCCUGAGGACUGGCGUUACCAUCCCAUAUGGUACGGAAACUCCUCCCCAAAAACUGAUGAAUUGGGUGUUAACGUACAGAAAAUAGAGACACAUGACUGAAUAUACUGAAUAAUAAAAAUAACUUUAAGACAAAUGAGGUUUAAUAUCUAUUUAAUUUCAGGUUGUGGAGGGUGACAGACAGCUGUGUCUCAGCCUGAGGAAGUGCCACCAAUCCCCAGGAUGGGUCAUCGUUGCUUUAUUUACUCAUUUAUUUACCUCCACUGUUUUGCAAUGUUACGGAAACCAAAACCUGUCAAAAAGUCAAUGAAUGUGUGUUGAACAAAGAUGGUCACUACGGUUAUUGUCUAUGCUUUGUAAGGUACUGAAUAGAAGGAAGUAAAACAUAGUUAGAGAGACACAAAUGACAUUGAAGUUAAUCCCCGAAAUACUGUGGAUGAUUGAAUAGAGGAAGGAGUAUGAUUCUAGGGACUAUUGUACAGUGUGCAUGGUUCCACCCCUGGUAGGUACUCUCCUUGGAUCCACAACAACAGAGUGCCACUCGAUUACUGUCUCAUUGUUUUGAUAGUUUCUCUGUACAUUCUCUGUACAUUGGCCAAGCUUUGGCAUCAGCCAUCCCCUUUGUUGUACAUCUGUCUGACCCUGUGCAGUUUGAAUGAAGUAGGCUAUUUAGUGUGCCUUUGUAAUCCCUAUCCCUGUUGAUGGUUUCUUUUUCUGUCCUUAUCAUGAAUGCACAUGUGGUUUGAGUUAUGUGUUGAUCCAGCUUUGGGAAUCUACUGCCAAAACACAGUGAGACAGGGGCAUUAACCAAACCUGUGGGAUUAUAUGUAUCUGAUCAGAGUCCAUCUGCGCUCUUUUAAGGUCCUUACUACUGAAAAGGGUCUGUUGCAGGUGCGUAGGAGUCAAAGUAACAAUACUGGACGAGAUAGAGACCUGCACCUUGUCGAAAAAAGAAUAGAUCCAAAACUUAGGCUUGAAUGCAAAAUCAAGAUGUUUAUUGAAACAUCAUGGUGUCCAAAGAAUAUAGCAUAGUGCAUAAAUAAAAUGUGAAAACAAAACACAAAUGUUUCUUCCUCAGGCCAUCAGUGGACAUUUUCAGCACACACCUGGUUUCUAUUUCAAUGAUACUUGCAUGUCACAUGGGCAAGAAAAUACAUCAGAAAAUCUAUAAAGUAGUACCUAGUACAAUAGAAUGCAUGAUCUAGAUUAUAUACAAUUGCGGACAGAGAGAAAUCAUCAAUUAUUACUUAUAGAUGUACAAUGUGAACAUUUCCUCAAAAUAAAUAACACAGGAUUGUAAGAGUGGGAGCUAGAGACACCACUAGCUGGGGGUAUCGUACACAAAUAGUUGCAGAAAACACUUCAAUAACAAUUAUUCAUUCAUGCCUAAAAUACAAUAUGACGUUAGAAGACCUGCAUGUGGAUACUGUUUGAUAGUGUAUUGUUUUCCAGUGGCAGAGCUGUUGAAUACGCUCACUUUGUAAUAGGUAUCCUUACAUGCUGCACAACUACGACAGAGGUAGAAGCCAGUCACCUGGUGUCAGUCCCUGACAUUCCUGGCCCUGUAGUGUGAAAAGAGAGGAGGGUCAGAGAAAAUCUUUUGGCAAGCAGGAUCAGCAAUAAGCACAUUCCAAUGCUACUUAAUAGCUCCCUUGAUGUCAUCACUCCCUUGAUGUCAUCACUCACAGAACAAUAUGUAACAGUACAGACAUGAAUGGUUUUUAUUUUAUUAAUUUUUGUAUUACUUUUAUCCCUUCUAGUAGAGAGAGAGUAGAGGUCUCAUCAAUGGUACGUACUCUACUGAGAGCACUAGAGGCAUGUAGGCUUUGUAUACAAAGUAGUGGACAAAGACCCUGACUGAAGGCGUACAAGGGUAUCCCGGAAGAAUAUCUCGCUAUGACUAAUCUCUGCUGUAAACUAGAUCAUAUGUAACCCAAUCACAAUUCAGAAUGUGUACAUCUCCAUAAUGAGACAACAUUCCAUGCCAAGGGAAUGAUGUACAUUAUAAAACUUAUUCAGGAUCGGUGGGUCCCCUGCGGGACAGUUGAGUUAACGAAGGCUAAUGUGAUUAGCAUGAGGUUGUAAGUAACAAGUAAACAUAGCUGAUAUUGUCUGAAAGCUUACAUUCUUGUUAAUCUAACAGCACUGUUUACAGUAGCUAUUACAUUGAAAUAAUACCAUGCUAUUGUUUGAGGAGAGUGUACAGUUUUGAACAUUAAAAGUUAUUAAUGAACAAAUUAGGCACAUUUGGGCAGUCUUGAUACAACAUAAUGAAAAUGAAUGCAAUGGUUCAUUGGACCAGUCUAAAACAUUCACAUACACUGGUGCCAUCUAGUGGCCAAAAUCUAAAUUCCACCUGGGCUGGAAUAAUACAUUAUGGCCUUUCUCUUCCAUUUAAAAAAUGAUGGUACAAAAAAAUACAAAACUUUUUUUAUUUGUAUUAUCUUUU